AUGGCGAGCGAUAACCCCUCGCACCCCGCAAGCACCGAAACAAAGGACGCACAUCCUGCGCCUACAGAAGCGAAGCCUGAAGUCGAGUACGAUGAUUUUGGACUGCCGGUCAGGAAACGCAGACCGAGGACGCCUGUGGACGACAGCGACGACGACGACGACGACGACUUCAAGGAUGCGGUAGCAGACGGGUCAAAGGCCGCGGGCGAGGUGGAUACAUUGGCGAAAGCUGAGAAGCAAGCCGAGGCAGAGAGGGCGGUCGAGAGCAUAGUCGAGCAUGUGAGGGAGAGGGAGGCAGGUGGAGGCGACAAUGCGCAGGCAAGUGUCAAUGGGCAGAUCAAGGUGGAUGCCGCGGAUGCGCAGGCUAGUGUCAGUGGGCAGAUCGAGGUGGAGGCCGUGGAAAUUGGACGGGAAGACAACGACAAGGCAUUGGAGGGUUCGAAGGACAAUCUGUCAAACGAGAACUUGUCCAAGCUUGCUGCAACAACCAAUACAAAAGCGGGCAUCCCGGAAGCCAACACAAACCCCGAGCCUUCAGAGAAGCUCAACAGCCAGAUCUUGGACGACAAGAAAGACUCUCAGUCAACCGCACCAGAUGGCCGUAAAAGCCUCAACCCGUCCGCCGCGCACCACCAGAAACAGACAUCUAUAUCCGAGUAUUCCCACCAACACACCGUCACGCAACUCAACGCAAAGGAAGAGAAGGACGACGACGAUGAUGGCGGCUGGCAGACUAUGCCUGCGUAUGCGCAAUAUGACAUCUACGACGACGACAACCGCCUGAUCGCAAAAGAAAACCCUGAAGAGCUAGCAGACAUGCAUGGCUACGCUGAUGUCGGAGGUGCUGCAAAGGGGUACACGAGGGUCAUUCUCGAUGACGAUGCAGACUCGCAAACGAGCAUGGACGACAACACUGCAUAUCUCUUCAAGGAGAAGACGACAGCACUACACGACGACGACGAAGCCGUACGCGACCCGCUCAUGCAGAUGCAGGCUACCAAGAACCUUCUUACUGAAGGACAGCGUGUAGCGUACGUCGGCUUAGUGCGACUGGCGAUGAUCGAGAUGGAGCGGAAAUUCGACAGAGUCAUCGCGAAGAAGAACCGGCAAGUCAAGAAGGCACUCGACAUGCACACCGAGACAACGAAAAUGUGGUCCCAGAAGAUGAUGCUUAGGUUGUACGGGCACAUGGAUAUCAACACCUCAGAGCAGGUCAUGAUUGAGCAGCUGACGGACCACGGCGUGAUACCUGCUGAUCUGACGCCGGCGCUGAUGCAGAACGCUCGAGUGAAGAACCCUGCUGCAGAAGUUCCCAAAGAUCUGAAGGAGGAGAAAGAAGAUUCGGACACUGCACGCCCAUCUGUGUCGUCACCGCGGCCAGAAGAUCAGGGUGAGAAGUCAAGGUCCGCUUCGUCAUUAAGCCUAAGCGGCUCCCUGGCAUCCCCGCCGCCCCCGCCGUAUGAAGCGCACGAAGACGAAGGCGAGUUCGAAUACCCCGAAGUCAAAACACCUUCGCAGCUUCCUGAAAGCAAGAAUCUCGAUAUCGAUCUUCGGUGGACCGUACUAUGUGAUCUAUUUCUCCUCCUCGUCGCAGAUUCAAUCUACGAUUCGCGGUCAAGAGAGUUGUUCGAAGUCGUUGGAAAACACCUCAGCGUGGAUUGGCUCGAAAUCUGCCGGUUCGAGAAGCGCGUAACAGACGCCCUAGAAAUGCAAGAGGAAGCCAACAAGGAGAAUUGGAAUGAAGACGAGCACAUGGAGUCACGACGAAAGAAAGCACUGCGCAAGCGACUGGCAUUUAUGGGCCUUGCUACCGUCGGCGGAGGUCUAGUCAUUGGCCUGUCAGCCGGUCUCCUCGCCCCUGUUAUCGGAGCUGGUUUGGCUGCGGGCUUCACAACUAUCGGUGUAGCCGGGACGAGCAGCUUCCUUGCUGGUGCUGGUGGUACGGCAGUAAUUACUAGCAUUGCUGUUACCACCGGUGGCACGGUUGGUGUUCGAGCGGCAAAUAGACGGACUGGUGCCGUAAAGACUUUUGAGUACCGGCCGCUUCACAACAACAAGAGGACACAUCUCAUCAUUACGUUGGCUGGAUGGAUGAGCGGCAAGGCUGAUGACGUCCGUCUGCCGUACAGCACUGUGGAUCCUAUCAUGGGAGACAUAUACUCUGUGCUUUGGGAGCCGGAGAUGCUGAAGAGUAUGGGUGACACCAUCAACAUCCUUGCCACUGAGGCACUUACUCAAGGUCUCCAACAAGUCCUGGGUAGCACGCUCCUCACUGCGCUGAUGUCCGCCAUGACGCUCCCUCUCGCCCUCACAAAACUCUCCUACCUCAUCGACAACCCCUGGUCUGUCUCUCAAGCGCGAGCAGACAUGGCUGGUCUUAUCCUCGCAGACUCAAUCAUCGAUCGAAACCUUGGAACAAGACCCAUUACUCUUGUUGGGUUCUCGCUCGGUGCCAGAGUUAUUUACGCUUGCCUGAGAGAGCUCCAAAGCCGCGGCGCUUUCGGCCUGGUGCAAAAUGUGUACAUGUUUGGCACACCCAUCGUAGCAAACACAGACGAGUACAUCAGGAUCCGAAGCGUAGUGCCUGGACGAUUCGUCAAUGGAUAUGCUACCAAUGACUGGAUCUUAGGCUACCUCUUCCGCGCGACUGGCGGCGGCGCCGCUCGCGUCGCUGGGCUAGCACCCAUUCAAAUCCCGACAAUCGAAAACAUAAACGUAACCGAGUUCGUGCCAGGCCAUAUGGCGUACCGCGCAGCCAUGCCCAAACUGCUCCGCGAAGCAGGGUGGCUUGUUGAAAGCGACGAGUUCACUGAGAUUGAAGAUCCCGACCCAGAGAACCACGAGCAGCGCCAACGCGAACUAAUUGACGAGAUCGAAGAAGCGCGGCGCGAACUUGAGAAGAAGAACGCCGAGAAGGAGAAGAAAGGCGGUAAACUAUCUUGGUGGCGGAAGAAGAAGGGCGACAAGAAGGACUGGGAGGUCUAUAACGAGCAGUCGCAAAAACACACACCCAUUGACAAGAACGCGGAUUCUGCAACCAUUGCAGAGAAUCCCGUCAUGUUCGACAUCGACGCUAUACGCAAGGAAGUCGCCGCCCUCGCAGCCGAGGGUGCCGCAGACAAGCCCUACAACGGCUACGAACCAGACGCGUUUGAAAUCAAGGAGAUUAAGAGCACGCUCCCGCCGAUGAAAAUCGACAUCUCUGCUACUACACCCACAACACCAAGCCCACACAGCGGGCUGCGGCAGACACAGAGUUUCAACGACAGCCUCGGCGUCGUAAGCACCAGCGCAAAAGCGAACAGCGCCGGCGCCCUCACCCCUGGAGUCCGGUUACCGCCGGGCUCGCAGCUAUCCAACGGCACAAGCGGGACCGGGGCGUACGACGAGUACGACGAGUUCGACGACACCGGCACAGACAGCAUGACCAUGACAUUCGACUCGAGUUUCCGCGACCUGCCCAAAUCCGCUCAACACAGCCCCUCCUACCCGACCCCGGAGAGAAGCGCAUGGGACUCUCCACCGCUGAACAGGAGCGGAACAUGGGACUCCCCGCCCACAGCAACAGCGACAGCGACAAGAGCAACGACAACCACCACCACCACCACUACCACCGCGCCAACACAGACAGCAGCACCAACAGUAAGCUGGGACAGCGCCGCAAAUGACGCCCCCGGCCGCCCUCCCCUCCGAUCCGCAAACACCAUGCCCGCACCCAGCGCGAACCCGGGAUACAACGCCUGGGCCGACGAAUUCGACGACGACUUUGGUCAGGAGAAGGAGGUCAAGAUGAGCUUCAUGUGA